UGUCGAGUUCUCACUCAAAAGCGACGAACCAGGUGACAUCACUGCCUCUACAAGCUUUGCUGUCAUGAAUCGAAAACUCCCUCAUUAAAGCAGUCAUUUGAAGCUUGACUCACACAAAGACAACCACGAACUCAUCAAAGUACAAUUCCUGAGCGCGAUAUCCUCUUUCUACUCAAAUAUAUCUCACUGUCAGAAAAUCCCAAGCAUUAAUCGAAUCGAGCAAUCUUCUAACAGCGACGACACUGAAAGCUACACAUUAUGUCUAGCCCGUCUUCACAUAUCUCGAAUUCGGAUUCUAUCACAUUGGACCCAUCUCCAAACAUGGCGACCGCAUCUUCGAACAAUAACUCCGCUGCCAACAAUAACACCAGCACUGCAAACCCAUCCACCCCCACCAUCGCCCAAAUCACCCUCAUAAACUCCCUCGCCACUACCGCCCACGACUGCAUAAUAAUGUAUCCCUCCAAAAAAGCACUAAAAGCAGCACUCAUAAGCCCUACAGAUGCAGAAUUAGAUGCUUUUGGGAUAAAUGUUGAUAGAAAAGUCGAAGAUGUCAAGGAGGGAUUGAGGGGAGCUAGUAAGGUGUUAUCGAGCAGUGGGCGUGGAAAUUAAGCCGACGGGGAUUUGCAGAAAAGGAUGGAUCGGACUUUUGGAGAUGAUGGUGAUGACGGUGGUAGUUACAAGGGAAAUUCUAAGGUGCUAAUGGAGAAACGUUUGUGGGAGGUUUGAAAAAAGGGGAUCAGAGAUAUAGAUAGGGCGAUGAGUGAGCUGUGAGGUCUAAAAUGAAUGGUAGAGAUGAGAUGGCGUAGUAAUAUAGAG